UGAUGCUUUCCUUUAACCAGCUUUCCUUUCUGUUUUCUGUCUUUUAAUGUGUAGAUAAAAUGCAAACGUCUUUGCGUAAAUAGGUGCUGUUUUCCCGUCCGCUGGAAAAGAGCUCGAAUAUGAGUGUGAGCUGCACAGGGAUACGAAGACAAAGCAGAAUAAGAGUGCAAGAGGUAAUUUGUCUGGAAGUGUGUUUACGAUGAAUAUGGAUGAAUCUAAGAAAGAACUGAACAGUCAUGAUGGUGCUGAUACAAAGUCUGAGGAUGCAAGAAGUGAUCUUCUUAAGUCUUUCGAGUGUGAAAGAAAGGAAAGCGUUCAAGCAGCCAUGAAAGAUGGCGAUAAAUUGUGUGAUUUCACAAGAAAACAAGAGGAGCAGGAUGACACUAAGAUGGCAGAAAUACAAUCCUGUGAAAUGGACUCAAAGGGCAUCAGAGAUGCCACUCUCGGUAAUGAUGCAGCCAAUCAGAUAAAGCCAAGCAAUGGAGAAAAGGCCUCUGAAUCAAACUCACCAGAUGACAAGCUGGGCAAGCUAACUUGCACGACUACAGAGAAAAAAACAAAUCUCAGUUUAUCCCUAAAUGCAAGUGACACACCUUUUCCUGAUGUGGAAAUGAUGAGCCCAGAAAGCCCACCAUACAAAGCCUCUCUGCCCAGAUACUCUGAGGAAAAUGCCUCUGCUUGCUCUGACUCACAAGGCUCUAUUAUAGGGGUUGGCCCAAUGUUGGAGUCCAAACCCCAAUUCCCCAAUUCUGAAGCUGUAGACCACAUCAAAGAAAAAUCUGAAGUGACAGACAUGGAAACGGAAGAUACAGAGGUGCACAAUUGUAGUGCUGGUGCUUUUGUUCCCAAAAGUCCUGUUAAGGAAGAGCCUGACUGUAAGCAGACACAGACAUCUGCUUCUGCAAGUGGGCAAGUGUUGGCUGGGCAGAAAGAGAGGAAAUGGCUUGGAACCCCUGUAGAGGAGCUUAGAAGAAUGCCUCAGUGUGGAAAGCCCCUACCACACCUCAGGGCAACAGACAAUCACGAAGUACUCAUCAGGACAGACCUGCUAAAAGAAGGUGAAGUCCCCAUUCCCUAUCCAAGCAAAUUCAGAGAUUCCUGGGAUGAUAUGACCGUGAAGAUGCCUUGUUCAGAAAAUAACCUUUUUCCUGUGGAGAAUGAGGAUGGAAGUGGAUUGCAAAAGUUGAGUCGAUGGGAGUUGAUUUGUUCUGCUUUGCAAAGUGGAUGCAAAAGUUCACUUGAUAUUAGGGAGGCAAUAUUGAGUUACAACAUAGCACAUGCUAAAAGAUGGGACUUCACAGCUUUGAACGUUCUCUGCACUGAAGGUCUGGAGAAUUGUGAAGUGCAGUAUCUCUUUGACAUUAUAUUGCCAGCGAUGGUGAAACUGACUUUGAAUGUGCCCAAGAUUUGCACCAAGCCAAUCCCGCUGCUUAAGAUGAGGAUGAAUCAGUCCUUGACCAUGUCACAGGAACAAAUUGCCUGCCUUCUUGCCAAUGCCUUCUUCUGUACAUUUCCCAGACGCAACUCACGCAAGUCUGAGUACUUCAACUACCCUGAGAUCAAUUUUUACAGGCUGUUUGAAGGUUCCUUCCCACGUAAGAUUGAGAAACUCAAAACUCUGCUGUGCUAUUUCAGAAGAGUCACUGAAUCAACGCCCACAGGCCUUGUGACAUUCACGAGACAGAGUUUGAGCACUUUUCCGAAAUGGGAAAGCUCCAAGGCACAGCUCACCUGUCUUCAUAUCACCUGUGAGGGCACUAUAGAGGAUCAGGGCUAUGGAAUGCUUCAGGUGGACUUUGCAAACAGGCUGGUGGGUGGAGGGGUGACAGGUCUGGGGUUGGUCCAGGAGGAGAUCCGCUUCCUCAUCAACCCUGAGCUCAUCGUAUCACGCCUCUUCACUGAAGCUCUGGACCACAACGAGUGCCUCAUCAUCACAGGCACAGAACAAUAUAGUAAGUACUCUGGAUAUGCAGAGAGCUACAGAUGGAAAGAAAACCACAAAGAUGAGACGCCGAGGGAUGAUUGGCAGAGGAGGUGCACAGAGAUUGUGGCCUUGGACGCUUUGAAGUAUAAACAUUUCAUGGAACAAUUUCAACCUGAGAAAAUGACCCGAGAGCUCAACAAGGCAUACUGCGGAUUCAUGCGACCUGGUGUCGACCCUCAGAACCUGUCAGCUGUUGCUACAGGGAACUGGGGAUGCGGUGUGUUUGGAGGUGACACAAGACUCAAAGCUCUGCUGCAGUUGAUCGCUGCUGCUGAGGCAGGUAGAGACGUGGCCUACUUCACAUUUGGAGAUGAAGGACUCAUGACUGACGUGCAUGACCUGCACAGCUUUCUCAAAGAUAGACAUAUCACUGUGGGCACACUGUAUGGCCUCUUAAAGCAGUACUCUAAUAUGGUGAGUAAAAAUGCCCAGAGGCCUGACGUCAGUCUGUAUGGAUUCAUCUAUGAGCAGGUCAGUACAGAUCCGGACCCCAACCCUGUCCCGAGCAACAGCCACUUGCCCACUGAGUCUUGCUCCUCUCCUGCAGACUGCCAUUAAUGCUGACCAACGACUAACUAAUAUUACACAGUCUAAAAUGCCUUGGUGCUUUCUUCUCCUUUAAAAAGACAAUUUCGAUGAUUUUCUGUGAUAUAUGUAGGGUAGCACAUUAUGCCUUUUUUUCUACCAGUAAGUGUAAGUCACUUUGAGUAAGGGGACUGGAUGUACAGCAAAUGCAAUACUGGUUUCUGUAAGUCCUUCUGUCUGUUGAAUAUAAUUUAGGUUUGGUCAAUUGAUGCAAGAAAAACUCUCCUGUGGUCAGAUGGAAAACCUCUAAAUAGACAUUAAGUUCCCCUGUGACACUUGAUUUUGAAAAGUAUUUGCACAAGACUCUCCGACUCUCUCUUUUUCUGCUAUAGUUGGAAUGGGAAAGUAUUGCUGACAUUUUCAAAUUUAACAAUGUUUGAUAAUAAAAGACAUGUAAAGGAAAUGUUAAGUGUUGAAAAAAAUGUAUAAUCACAAAUUAAAUUGCUGCACUAUCAAAUUGUGGGAAAGCAUAAAGGAUAUAGUCUCUGCAUGGCAUUUUUAGUAAUUCAUUAUGUUCAAGGUUUUUACUGUUUUGAUUAAAGGUACCUUUAAGAAAUGGGGUUGAUAUUUAAAGUUAGAGAAUAUUUUGAUAUGUUGUGUGCUUUAUUAUAAUUUGAUCAUUAAAAUGGUUGAUUGACACAUGUCUGCUUUAUCUUUUCACUUUUACUUGUGUAUGCAUUCUUACAUUUUAGCAGAAACAUUUGCAUACCUCAGAUUUC